CUAAAGAUCCGUUACCAGAAGCUGAGAGUUACCGACAAGUAACUUGGGAGAUCGAAAUUCUUGUCUGAGAGGACCUUCUUAUUCGAAACUUCGUCCCACAGACUUUUCAGAUUUUCCCAGAAAUUUUGCUGUUCUUCGUGCACUCAGGAGCAAGAAAAAAAAACAAAUAUCUCGACCCACCGGUGGAUCUGUGAAGUUUGUCGAAGAAAUCAAAUGCUGGGUUUAAAAGGAGAAUAAGCACCGCAAAGAAAUAUCUCUUACUUUUAUCUGAGUAAACACUUCAGAUUCCAAACUUGACUCAGAAAGCUUUCAGUUUUUCCCGGAAAAAAAAGGGAAAUUCCCUUGACUGACCAUGGAUCCUUGAAGAAGCUUGAAGGCAAUUUGAAGCGAUGGUUCGGAGGAUUAAGAGGAAAGGUUUCAUAAACACCGAAGCUGCAAGAGAAUUUCUCAAUCAUCUUGUUGCCGAGAGACAUUCGCUGUUGUUGCUGGUUCCUUUGGUCCUAGCUUUCUGGGCAAUAGAGAGAUGGGUCUUUGCUUUCUCCAAUUGGGUUCCUCUCGUUGUAGCUGUUUGGGCUUCUCUUCAGUAUGGAAGUUACCAAAGGGCACUACUUGCAGAAGAUCUAACCAAGAAGUGGAAGCAAAACGUGUUCAAUGCGUCGACGAUAACUCCAUUGGAACAUUGUCAAUGGCUGAACAAGUUACUGUCUGAAAUUUGGCUAAACUUUAUGAACAAGAAACUCUCUCUCAGAUUUUCUUCUAUGGUAGAGAAACGAUUGAGGCAACGAAGAUCAAGACUAAUAGAAAAUAUACAAUUAUUGGAGUUUUCUCUUGGCUCCUGCCCUCCUUUGCUAGGACUCCAUGGAACUUGCUGGUCGCAAUCAGGGGAACAGAAAAUCAUGCGAUUAGAUUUUAAUUGGGACACAACGGAUCUAAGCAUCUUGUUGCAAGCUAAGUUGUCCAAACCGUUUAAUCGAACAGCACGAAUCGUUGUCAACAGUCUUUGCAUCAAAGGCGAUAUUCUGAUCAGACCGACUCUUGAAGGAAGAGCAAUGCUCUAUUCAUUUGUAUCGAACCCUGAAGUUAGAAUCGGAGUUGCUUUCGGUGGUGGCGGUGGCCAAUCUCUUCCCGCUACAGAGCUUCCCGGCGUCUCCUCUUGGCUGGUCAAAAUCUUAACGGAAACGUUGAACAAGAAGAUGGUGGAGCCAAGACGGGGAUGUUUCUCGUUACCGGCGACUGAUUUACACAAAACAGCCGUCGGGGGAAUCAUCUACGUAACCGUCGUCUCUGGAAGCAAUCUUCACCGGAGCGUGCUUCGCGGAAGCCCCUCGAGAAGUUCCGACAUUGGAGACGGUAGCAACGGAAACAGCAGCAACAGUGGUGGUAGCAGCAGCAAGGACAAACCUGUUCAGACUUUUGUGGAGGUCGAGCUCGAACAGCUGUCUCGAAGAACCGAGAUGAGAUCUGGAUCGAAUCCAGCUUAUCAGUCUACGUUUAAUAUGAUCUUACACGACAAUACAGGGACACUUAAAUUUAAUCUCUAUGAGAAUAAUCCUGGGACUGUCAGAAACGACAGUCUCGCUAGCUGUGAAGUUAAGAUGAAAUAUGUAAAUGAUGAUUCAACGAUGUUUUGGGCCGUUGGAUCUGAUAACGGUGUGAUUGCGAAACACGCUGAGUUCUGUGGUCAAGAAAUCGAGAUGGUUGUUCCCUUUGAAGGAGCUAGCUCCGGCGAGUUGACUGUCCGGUUACUUUUGAAAGAAUGGCAUUUCUCAGACGGCUCACAUAGCUUGAACAGCGUUAAUUCGAGUUCUUUGCACUCACUCGAUGCAUCUUCUAGCUUAUCCUCGAAAACCGGCCGGAAAAUAAUUGUCACUGUUUUAUCCGGAAAGAAUCUUGUUUCCAAAGACAAGACUGGAAAAUGCGAAGCCUCUGUGAAGUUACAGUAUGCAAAAACUAUACAGAAGACAAAGACGGUGAACUCUGCAGAGUGUGUCUGGAACCAGAAAUUUGAGUUUGAGGAGCUAACAGGAGAAGAAUACCUAAAGGUGAAAUGCUAUAGAGAAGAGAUGCUUGGAACGGACAACAUCGGUACAGCUACACUGAGUCUUCAAGGAAUCAAUAACAGCGAAAUGCAUAUAUGGGUUCCUCUUGAAGAAGUUAGUUCUGGAGAAAUAGAGCUGUUGAUCGAAGCUGUUAGUCCCGAGUACAACGAAGCGGAUUCUAGUAAAGGCUUGAUUGAAUUGGUUCUUGUUGAAGCGCGGGAUCUUGUGGCCGCUGAUCUUAGAGGAACAAGUGAUCCUUACGUUAGGGUUCAAUAUGGAGAGAAGAAACAGAGGACUAAGGUGAUAUUUAAGACAUUGCAUCCGAAAUGGAACCAGACAAUGGAGUUUCAAGAUGAUGGGAGCUCGUUAGAGCUAUUUGUCAAAGACUAUAACACACUGCUUCCAACUUCAAGCAUCGGUAACUGCGUUGUGGAGUACCAACGGUUAAAGCCAAACGAGACUGCAGACAAGUGGAUACCUCUCCAAGGAGUGUUACGUGGUGAGAUCCGUGUCAGAGUCACGAGGAAAGUCACGGAGAUUCCGAGACGCGCAAGCGCGGAUUCUGGCUCUCCAUUCAACAAGGCUCUGUUGCUGUCGAACCAGAUGAAACAGGUGAUGAUAAAGUUUCAGAAUUUGAUCGACGAUGGAGAUCUUGAAGGUCUUGCUGAAGCUUUAGGAGAGUUGGAGAGUUUGGAGGACGAACAAGCAGAGUAUUUGGGGCAGCUUCAGGGAGAGCAAACGCUGCUUAUAAACAAGAUCAAAGACCUUGGUAAGGAGAUUCUUAACUCGUCCCCGGUUCAAGCACCGUCUCAUUCUCCAUCUCCAUCAAUGUCGGGUUCCUAUAGCCGGAGAUCAUCAACGCCGAUGUAGUCGGAAUCACUUGUUUUGAGAUCAACCAACAAAACCAUCUACUGUAUGAUGUAUUCUAUUGUAUAUAUAGAUAGAUAUGUAGGGCAUUGGAUAAAAAUGUUCAAAGAGAAUUGAGCCCCUUUUUUUUUACUGGAGAUAGAAAAACAUAAUCUGUAAGUUUCUUUUCAUUUCCAUUGUUAUUCAGUAACAACAACAAAAACAGUUGUAAUUGUUUGUAAAAAACUGUUGUUCUG